AGCACCGGAAGUGACGGCGCGCGUCGCGCGUCAGUGACGUUAGCGGCGACCCCGUUCCUCCUCUCCUCUCCGCUGCUAGCACCUCCCUGGCGGGCCCCGGGGGGCGGCGUGGGGCUGGCGGGCCCCGGACACCUUGCCUGCCGGCAGCUGCCUGACCCGGUUUUCCAAGAACAAGAAUGGAGGGGAACAUGAAGCUGUCGGUGGCAGAAGAUGCAGUGGAGUAUCAUCUGUUUUUGUUACCAGAAGAACCUAGAGAACCAGAAAAACGCAAGGAGGUCCUUCAGAAGUAUAUUGCAGCAAUAACGACCCAGUAUGCACCUCUGCUGGUUUCCUAUAUCUGGCAAAAUCAGCCUUUUAAUCUCAGAUACAAACCUGCUAAAGGCAGCAUUCCUGCUCACAUCGUUGGCAUAACUAAAUUUGGGGAUAACAUUGAGGAUGAGUGGUUUAUUGUUUACCUAAUAAAGCAGAUUACGAAGAAGUUUCCUGAGUUAGUAGCAAGGAUUGAAGACAACGAUGGUGAAUUCUUGCUAAUAGAAGCUGCUGAAUUUCUCCCUAAAUGGUUGGAUCCUGAUAAUAGCACCAACAGAGUGUUUUUUCACUGUGGAGAGCUGUGCAUUAUUCCAGCACCCCGGAAAGCUGGGGAAAUAUCCUGGUUACCUGCUGCACCUCCCACAAUCAGUCAGGCAUUGUCGAUCAUCACCAGGCACCCUGAAAAAAUUGUCGCCUCAGAAUCUAUCCAGGCAGCAGUAAACAGGAGAAUCAAAGGGUACCCAGAAAAAAUCCAAACAUCUUUUCAUCGAGCUCACUGCUUCCUCCCAGCUGCUGCUGUGGCAAUUUUGAAGCAACGUCCUCAGCUGAUAGCCGCAGCUGUCCAGGCCUUUUACUUACGGGAUCCUAUUGACCUUCGAGCCUGCCGAACUUUCAAAAUGUUCUUGCCAGAAACACGUAUAAUGGCUUCGCUCACGUUCACAAAGUGUUUGUACGCGCAGUUGGUACAACAGAGGUUUGUGCCAGACCGCCGAAGCGGGUAUAGCCUGCCUCCCCAGUCCCACCCCCAGUACCGAGCACAUGAACUGGGCAUGAAACUGGCUCAUGGCUUUGAGAUUUUGUGCGCUAAAGCGAGUCCACUUCCUGACUUCAAGAAGUCUCUCAUGAAGAACAGCUCUCUCUGGAAUGGCUUUCUUGACAGUCUGAAACAGAAUGACUUUUUUGAGGGAGAGAUAGAAGGCUCUGCUAAGUACCUGCAGAAACUAUGCGUGGCAGAGAACUACUUUCAGCAAUCUAUGGAUGGGCCAGCAAACUUUCUUGACAUAAGCCCAGGGGAGGAAAUCUUAACUUUAUUACAAACGAUGCCUUCUGAUCUGGAGGAGCUUAAGAAAGAAGAUGCUAAUCUCCCCUUAGAGGAUGAUGAUCACUGGCUGUAUCUUUCACCGGAUCAGCUGGACCAGAUUCUGCAGGAAACAACUGGUAAAGAUGAACCAGGGCUCAUUCCCACUCCCAAAGGGGAGGAGGAGCAGAACUAUGACCUAACCAAAGUCACAGAGAGUGUGAAGGCCUUUAUGUCCAAAGUCUCCACUCACAAGGGAGCAGAACUGCCUAGGGAGCCAUCUGAGGCACCUAUCACCUUUGAUGCAGAUUCUUUCCUCAAUUACUUUGACAAGAUUUUGGGGCCAGAUUCUGGAGAGUCAGACUCUGAUGACUUAGAUGGUGAUGAUCUGGAUGAGGACUCUGAAUGCCUAGACAGCGAUGAUGAGGUAGACCUUGGAACCCAGGGCCCUGAGGGAAAGGCCUCUACAAAAGAAACUCUAGAGAGUAUCAAAUCGUUAAUGGCGCAGAUGGAUCAGGAACUAGCACAUACUAGCAUCGGGAAAAGCUUCACCACCUGGAAACAGAUGGACAACUUGACAAAGGAACCGUCUCAGACCCUUGGCAGUGAUUCCGAUAAUGAUGAAGCUUCGGCAGAUGGUCCUGUUCUGGAACCUGUGGAUGUGGAUCUGAACUUGGUCUCAAAUAUCUUGGAAUCCUAUCAUUCCCAAGCUGGACUGGCAGGCCCCGCUUCUAACCUUCUACAGAGUAUGGGUGUGCAGCUCCCUGAUGACGUAGAUCACCGACAUCCUAGCAUGUAACUGAAGGAGUAACGGGGCAGCCAAUAAAGAGUCCAUCUGAUGCACACCGGCUGCCCUGAUCACUCCCUUAAUAAAUGUCAUUUAAACAACUCUCA